UGCUCGUGCACUCAGCGGAAUGAAUACUAAUGUUGAAGAUGGCGGCGGAGGGAGGUGGGAAGGAGGCGAACGAAAUUAAAACUCAAUUCACCACACGGGAGGGCGUCUACAAACUCCUGCCGAACUCCGAGUACAGCCGCCCGAACCGGGUGCCGUUCAAUUCACAGGGCUCGAACCCGGUCAAAGUCUCCUUCGUGAACGUAAACGACCAGUCCGGUAACGGCGAGAGAAUCUGUUUCAAUGUGGGCCGGGAGCUUUACUUUUACAUUUAUAAAGGCGUCAGGAAGGCCGCUGACAUGAGCAAACCCAUAGACAAGCGGAUCUAUAAAGGAACGCUUCCCACGUGUCACGACUCCAACGCCCUGACGGCCACGGCGGAGAGCGUCUCACUGUUGGUGGGCUUUUCUGCAGGGCAAGUACAGCUCAUUGACCCCAUCAAAAAGGAAACCAGCAAACUUUUUAAUGAAGACAGACUCAUUGACAAGUCUCCGGUGACGUGUUUAAAGUGGGUCCCGGGUUCAGAGAGCCUGUUCUUGGUGGCUCACGCCAGUGGAUGUUUGUACCUGUAUAACGUGGAGCACACGUGUGGAACGACAGCGCCACAUUACCAGCUCCUCAAGCAAGGCGAGAACUACACCGUACACACCGGCAAGAGCAAAACGGCCCGCAAUCCUCUCCUCCGCUGGACGGUUGGCGAGGGCGCGGUCAACGAAUUCGCCUUCUCGCCGGACGGGAAGUUUCUGGCCUGCGCCGGUCAGGACGGCUUCCUCCGAGUGUUUUGCUUCGACACGGCAGAACUCCAAGGCACCAUGAAGAGCUACUUCGGCGGACUCCUGUGCGUGUGCUGGAGCCCCGACGGACGGUACAUUGUGACCGGCGGGGAAGACGACCUUGUGACGGUGUGGUCGGUUUCGGACUCUAGGGUCAUCGCACGCGGCCGCGGGCACAAGUCGUGGGUGAGCGUCGUGGCGUUCGAUCAUUGCAUCACCAGCGUUCAGGACUGCGAAGCGCCACCGGAGUUCAGCGGAAGCGACGAAGACUUUCAGCAAUUCAACGGAACCCGAGAACGGACGAAUAGCGGCCAAUCCAAACGAAACUCUACCGAUGGGCGAAGCCUCAGUGUGACUUAUCGCUUUGGCUCGGUCGGUCAGGACACCCAAUUGUGCUUGUGGGACCUUACGGAAGACAUUCUGUUCCCCUUACCCAGAACUAGGACUCACACGAAUGUCAUGAAUUGGGAAACUAACGGUAACAGUAGCGUAACCCCGUCGAACUCGCCUUUACCGCGCUCAAACAGUUUGCCGCACUCCUCGGGCAAUAGCCCGAACAUCCACAAACCCACCAGCAUCGUAGACGGUGUGAUCGCCGCGGGUGUCGGCAAAUUCGCCACGUUGGCUCUACACGAAACGCGCAAGGAACGGCAUCAGGAAAAGGACCACAAACGCAAUCACAGCAUAAGCUACAUCAGCAACAAGAGCAGCGAGAAGCUCAACCAGAUCAUCGGCGCACGCACCGGCAAAACGGACACCACUAAGGCACUGGGAACGACGCUGUGUCCGCGCAUGGAGGAAAUCCCUCUGCUGGAACCACUGGUUUGUAAGAAAAUCGCCCACGAGAGACUCACCGUGUUGAUCUUCCUCGAGGACUGUCUGGUUACAGCCUGCCAGGAGGGUUUCAUUUGCACAUGGGCACGGCCUGGAAAAGUGGGCCUUUUGCCUCCCCAAAACCCAGCCAACUCUCCCAGCGGGACGGUCGUAUAGCUGCCGUGAUCGAGCCGACCGGGACCUUCAAACGCAUCAUAUCAGCUGUGUCACAUGUAUGUUGUCAUGUUUGCCGAGAAACACGUGUUUACUGUUCAUCCCGAAUCUCAAGAAGCCCGUCAAGCUCAUAAUUCACCCUAAAAUCAACAGUAAGAAAAUAAAUAUUUUGCAUAAACAAAAUGCUGAUUUUAUGCAUUUUUUCAUGACAAUUUAACACAUUUCACCCCCAAAUACUCAUUACUGUCAUGCAAUAUAUUGUGAUGUACAACUGUAAGUACAUAAUAGUAUUUGUUCUGAAUCUGAUUUUAAUUGAAAACUAAAUAUUGUCAGGGUCCAGACAGGAUGAUUCUUCAACACUAAGAAUUGGGGCAAAUGUGUGUAAUUGUCAUGAGAAAAAAAACA